CGCGCUGGGCCGGAGCCGGUGGGGGGCGUGGGGCCGUGCGGGCGGCGGUCCUUGGGCGGCCCCGGCAGAUGGCACCGAGCGCCGCUAACUUUGUUCCCGUGCCCGGUGGCCGCCGAGCCUCGGCCGCGAGUGUCAGCCCCCACCGCGUCCCGGCCGUUGCCGCGGCCUCUGGGCGCUGACCCCGGGGGUCGCGCGGGGCCCGAGCACCGCGGGUGUGCGUGGGGUGAAACGGGAGGCGGUAAGCGGGGACGCGGGGGGGAGCCCGGAGCGGCGCGGUGAGCACAGACCGCGCACAGCUCUGGACCCCGCAGCGGUCGGACCCCAGCGGGAGCGCGGGCUGCUCUGAGGGCUCCUGCUGUGGCGGCUUUGUUUUUGCCCAAAAGAGAGAGAUUUGCCCUCGGAUUCAGAACCAGCAUCCCAGGUUGGGGUGAGGGUAGGAGGAGAUGCUCGGCACGGUGUCAGGCCGUCCCCUCGGUGUGACAUGGCCAUUUGUCCUUCUGGCGACGCCCCCAGCCUCCUGCAGUGCUGCUGCCCGGCUCAGGGCGCUCUGUGCUCAGUCUGUGCCUGCAUGGCCAGCGCAUGGAGCGUCAGGAGGAAGGGCUGAAGCAGGCGCUGUGCCGGGAGAUGGCCUCCAGCUGGAUUUGGGGGGACAGCUUUGAGGCCAGAGCUGCUUGGAUUGGAACAUGUGCCACCUUGUACUGCAGGGACACGGGAGGACGUCGAGCCAGGCAAUGAGCAGCCCCAGGAUCCAAGGUGCUGGUGUCUUGCCCUGCCUGGAGCCUGAGGUCCUGCGUGCUCAUCCGCCUCCCGACGUCACCAAUGCGACCAUGGGAACUGGCAGUGAAUAGGCGGCCUCCCUCUGCCCCUUUUAACCAACGUCGUUUCUCAGGGGGACCCUGCAGCAGCCCUGACCACCUCCGGCGAAGCCCCCCUGCCAGGCGUCAGUGGGGACGACGCGACCGACCUCUGGCAACCCUGCUGGGCCAGGAUGAGACCCAGCUGCACCCUGCCUUCCCCCAGCAGCCGCACAUCCCUGUAGAUGAGCCCCGCGCCUACGCUCUCCCCAGCACACCGCCACGAAUGCUGCACCCGGCCGCUCACCCACCCCACCAGAACCCAUUCAUGGUGGAUCUUCAUGACCAGGUGCACCAGGGACCUGUCCCUCUCUCCUACACGGUCACAACCGUUACGACGCAAGGCUUCCCCAUCCAUACCAGCCAGCACAUCCCUGGGUGCAGCACCCAGCAGCUCCCAGCAUGCUCAGUGAUGUUCAGUGGACAGCACUACCCGCUCUGCUGCCUCCCACCCCCGUUGAUCCAGGCAUGCGCCAUGCAACAGCUCCCAGUCUCCUACCAGACGUUCCCUCCAAUCAUCUCCAGCGACCAUUACAUCCUGCACCCGCCCCCGCCGCCAGUGCCCCCCCACCAACCGCCCCACAUGGCUCCCUUGGGGCAGUUUGUGCCUCUCCAAGCCCAGCACCCACGAAUGCCUCUGCAGAGGAUAGACAAUGAUGUGGACCUGCGAGGGGAGCAGCACCCCAUCGCCGGCUUCACGUACCCCCCGUCCCACCAUGCUCCCACGCUCUCCCCCUCCGUGCCGCUGCAUUACCUCCCCCACGACCCUCUGCACCAAGAGCUGCCAUUCGGCGUGCCAUACCCCCACAUGAUGCCCCGGCGGCUGAACACCCAGCGGUACCGGCUGCAGCAGGCGCUGCCCCCCCCGCCGCCCCCUCCACCGCCCCCUCCGUACUACCCGAGCUUCCUGCCCUAUUUCCUCUCUAUGCUUCCCGUGUCGCCGACGGCCGUGGGGCCCACGAUCAGCCUGGACCUGGACGUGGAUGACGUGGAGAUGGAGAACUACGAGGCGUUACUGAACCUGGCCGAGCGGCUGGGGGAGGCCAAGCCACGGGGACUCACCAAAGCAGACAUCGAGCACCUCCCGUCCUACCGCUUCAACCCUGAGAGCCACCAAUCCGAGCAGACCCUGUGCGUUGUGUGCUUCAGCGACUUCGAGGCCCGGCAGCUGCUCCGCGUCCUGCCCUGCAACCACGAGUUCCACGCUAAGUGUGUCGACAAAUGGUUAAAGGCGAACCGCACGUGCCCCAUCUGCCGGGCGGAUGCGUCGGAGGUGCAGCGGGAGGCGGACUGAGGCGGGCGGGCGCCGUGCCGCACAAUUGGUUACAGGAUGAGGACGUCGGGCCAGGGGCGGGGGCCGCUGCCCGCUGCCAGGGCCCGGCCGUGCGCUUACCCCCCCUCCCCAGAGCCUCUCCUCGGAUGCGGUGAGCGCUGAGCAGCCCGGGCUGCGGCCAGCCCUCCUCCUCCGCCGUGGCUCGGAGCGCUGCGGGGCCGAAUGGUGUUUGCUGGUGGCGGCCGCCCGUGUCCUCCGCACUGCAAAGACGCUGUCGUCGCUCCAUCACUUUCCAGGUCUUUGUACUCCGCUAGGGAUUAUUAUUUCCCCCCCGCCCCCCGUUUCUCUUUUGUUUUGUUUUUAGGGUAGGUUUUUGUUUUUUUUUUUCCUUCCGUUUCCUUUUCCGUCGCGUUUCUUUGGUCCUGUGGCCGCUCUUCCCCUCGGCGGUGGGAGGAGGGCGGAGGGCGCACCGUAGCCGGGUGCCGACGGGCCCGGGGCCGACGUGGGGCCGCUCCCCACCGCUCCGUGUCCUUCCCAGGCGGGAGGACGGCCCCGGCCCCGAGCCCCGCUCACUCCGAGGCGGUCGGGCCCGGCGGGGAGCUCAGCGUGGAGGCCCGGUUCGCCCCCCGGGCUCCCGAGCGCCUCAUCCUGCGGGCCGGGCGGCGCGGCGCGGGGUUUUGCCGCGACCUCGCGGUGGUUUCUGCCGCUCGGCGCCGCCCCGGCGAUGCGCCGGCCGUCCCGGCGGUGGGGCCCGAGUCAUUUUGCAUGAUUAAUUAGCGAGGAGGGGGGGGGGCGGGAAGGAGGGUCGCUCCCUCCCCGCGUUGCCGACGCCUGGGAGGCUCCGCGCGCGGCCGCCAGCCCUAUGUAAAUGUUCACAAAUAUGCAUGCAUGUCUGACCAGCUUGGAACGUGGUCUUGGCUACGUCUAGCCGGCUGUGGGGUGAGGGGGGUGGGGAGAGGGGUUUUUGUGCUCAGCUGAUACUGCCAUGCACUGUACUGCACAUGUCCGCAACGCCACUGCAGGACCGUGAGGCUUUCAGGGCCGUCCCCGCGGCGGCGUGUGCAAGGGGCCGCUCCCCGCGGGGCGGGGCCGGGCGGCGGGGCUGGGCCCCGGCGGCGAAGGGUCGGCGGCCGCGGCGAGGCGCGAGGAGCGGGCCGCGCCCGGCGGGUGCGGGCGGGUUUGGGGCUUUCCCUCGCAUCCCGCGCCCUAGGCGCGGAGCGGAGCGCCGAUCUCCGGUUGGCCGGGGAGCGCCCGCCGCCGAUCGGCGGGAAGCCGCGCGCCCCGCUCUCCUCCGAUCGGCGAGCGAGCGCCGGUCUCCACCCGGCCGAUCUGGCGCGGAGGGCGGCGGGAGGCGCGGCGCGAUCGGUCGGCUCCCCUUUUGCCUCCCUUUCUCGGCCGCGUGCCCGCCGUCGAGGCCCGGGCCGGGCGCUGCGGCUCCGCCGCGCCGCCGGCACCGCUGGGCUCGGUGCCCCCUGGGCAGGACCCCGGCCCUCCCCGUCCCUCGCUCAGUGACAGAUAACCAAAGGAGUCCCCGUGCCGCGCGGCGGCCUCGCGCCCCGGAGACGCCCCCCCACGUCCCCUUCCGCCCUCGCGGUGCCCAGGGAGCCAGGAAAGCCUUACGGUCCUUUGACGGCGACUCGAAAGCUCACAGCUCGUGUGCUGCAGAAUUUAUUCCGAUGAGCAGCUACAAGUAUCAUUUAAGAAGA